GAGGCGCUCGUCGUCCACAAUGGGAUGAAGUUAGCCAUGUACUGGCUCGGCUUAUCGCGCGGCGCAACAUACGCGAUUAAAUGUGAUUGAUGUGCUUCGCGACCGUUGUUAUAUACUCGUUGUUGUCAAUCUUAACGUCGCAGAUCUUCCCGUGGAAGAAAACAAAACCUGGAACACAUCCGGUGAAUUUUUCCCGUGACGGGUUAGGAGGGCGGUUCCGAUCAGAAGGAAACAAAGAAGCCAAGCUGGCGAGCUUAACGAGCUGCGUGUCGACGAUGAUGGACGACGAGGAACAGGAAGAGCUUCGCUGCACCGGCAGCGACGUCGAGAUCGAGGAAUACACCGAUACCGAGGAGUCGCCAUAUGUCGCUUAUCAGGCCGGCGGCGAUAAGCUGUUUGAUACCGAUCGCGAGAACUGGCAGAAGCUCCGUUUCCUGGUUACUCUCGUGUCCGUUGUGAUAUCAGUUACCGUCCUCGUUAUCAGCUACCCGCUUUAUCUCGAGAGCGUCAGCGCCGUCUCCAGUGCUUACACAGGACUCCUCUUCACCGCCCUGUUCUCCGCAUGCAUUCUGGGAGUGGUGUAUUUUGUCGUGGACAAGGUGUCGCCGCCGCCUCCGCUGGUACCGAACAGCAUGCGGGUCAGGAUACCACGUUGCGGACUUAUUAAAAUAAGCACCGUCUACGCCCUCUCGGGAAUUCUGGUCACCCUCUCCCUCGAUCAAAAGAGGGUGCUGUGUCAUUUGCAAGACCCGAUCAAGGGCAUCACCCUCGUCUUCUCCCUCGUUUACUACUUCUUCUUUUGUCGGAAAAGUGAGUGCCUCAGUGAGUUGAAAUACGAUCGGCUGAGUAUUCUGAUGAGCCUGCAGCGAAUAUUUUCGAGCACGACUAUAAUAGUAGGUCUUUUUAUAAGUGUCGAUUACGGUCUCUGCGACGAGUUCCGUUGCCGCGGAAGGGAGGUUUCUUCGCACGCAACAGCCGCUGUGAAGGGAACGUGGGGUGUCCGGGCGAUUUGGACGUUCGUUUAUGUCGGCGCUCUCGCCGCAUUCGCUAUGUUCUUCACCAUGCUCGAACAGCACUACACCACCACGCAACAAAACGUGUGUCAAAUGCUGACGACGCAGCACAAUUCGUUUCUAUAUACCGUGUCCCGUUUGGUGUCUUCCCGCGAUAUUCGUCGACGCGGUUCCGAGGAGGAGGGCGGUCGACUGUUGCACGUGACCGAUCCGGAUCCGACAAUAAAACCGAAAAGCUAUCCCAAGCCGCCGGUGAUGCAGACGCUCUUUUACAUACACGUCAUAGCGUUCUUCGCCAUUCUGACGCUCUGCUGGCUCGACACGUUGCCCGGCAUCGGCAGAGGUUUGUCGCCCGUGGAACUCUAUCGUACCGUCGAACAGGGACUGAUGUGUCACUUCAAAGGCGGUAAUUUGUGCUCGAACGUGUCCAGUCACGGAUGGAUUUUUUUAUUCGCUUACGUCGUCUUCGCCAUCUCGAUCCUCAAUUUUCUGUCAUUGUGCGAAAGCGCGGUGUUCAGCGUGGCCACCGCGACCGUGUCUCUUCCGUUGUCCGGCAUCUGGUGGAGUAUUUACAGGAUGGACGUUGGCUUGCACGGAGGUUCAAUUUCCUGGUCCCCGGGAGUGACGGGCGAGCUGAUCUGCGCCCUGCUUGGUCUACCUGUGGUACUGGUCGGUCUGGGUUUGCUCAUUAGGUCGCACUUCAGGGACACCCAGCUUCCCUAUCAGUCUAUUCAGCCGCCCGACGUCCAACCGCACGAGAUCUAUCACAGAUGAAUCCCUCUGUAGCGUGACCUCGCGACGAAAUUUGUUACGAGAGCGUCGACGAUGCUCCACGGACGUGAAUUCCGAUCGUGAAGUCCGACGAGAACGACGACGCGUCAUCGUUUCCGUCAAAGCGAUCGGAAACGAGUUGGCAUAACGAAGUUUUACCGAGCCGAAGAAUAAUAAUAAAUGUUAUUGUUGUACACAUUUGACAGAUAUAUUUUGUCGAGAUAUAUUUCCCAGAGAUUUUACUUCGACGUUCUUUUUUUUUUCGAUCGCGAGGUCAUCAAGGAAAAGGAACCAACACACGUGAAAUCACGGGAUUCCUAAUUCAGCUGUGCGUCUUGCAACAACACGUGCAAGAUUUGUAUUGUCUCUGUGGUUGGUAUGUUGGUAUAUUGAACGCGAUUUUUAUGCGCGCGCGCGUGCGUUUGUAAUAAGAAAGAGCGUCCAAUAAACGUCGACACAUUUUGCGUAAAGAAGAAGAAAAAUGAGACACAGUGCGUGGGGAAGGAAGGAGAGAACGAUCAAUGUUUCCUAUGUAUUUGCCGAACGUGAACGUUCGCGUCCGUUGUCACAUGCGCGCGACAAACGUUAUAGCCGAUUUAUAAUUUUAUUUUGAUAAUAACGAGAUGUUUUAUAUAUUUUCGAAGAUGACGUUCAAGUAACACAACGUGUUGAGAAUCACGAGUAUUAAAAUAAAAUAAAAUAAAAUAAAAAAACCGAAUGCAGGUGAAGUCGCUUUCUUCAGCGAUCCGCGCGCACGGGAGCCGAGGACAAUUUUCGCUCUGAUUCGAUCUCCGAGAGAACCGGAUUUUUCCGGAAAAAUAAUGUCCGAAAAAUAGAAAUUAGAAACACAAGAUAUAUUUAUAUAAACGAUUUUAUUGUUCAUGCGUCUUGUUACCGCUAAUUAGUUGCAAGCGCAAACUGACGAAGCAAAAAAAUUAAUUGGAAGCUCGCGAUAUCUUCCGCGCGACUACUGUUUUACUUAACACUUUUUUUUUACCCACUUUCCGUGCGCGCAGAUUAAAUAGUAGUAGCGUACUUUGCCGCGAAGACAAAAAAAAACAAAAAAAAAAAAACUACGGAGAAAACAGUAUUAUAGCCGUUACACUGCAUUUCCACGUUGAUUAAUGCCAAAGUAAUAAACGAGUGACUGAGAUACGUGGCGCACGCGUGCGCGUGCACGUAUACAUGUGUGAUAUCUUUUAUGACGUUCCACUAAAUAACGAUAGACAGUUACCUCUAUCAGCAAUUUGAGCGCACAACUGUUUCGAACUAGUUGCGUUUCCUGGGCGCGGUUAACAAUGUUUCCUCUAACGUGUAAAACUUGAUUGUGCGCGCGCUCGCGCGCAAAUGAAAACUUUCAAAUGAUGUUGACUACAUGUUUAUACGCUGUUAGCAAGUGUUCCCGUCGAGACAGCACGUUUACGUACUCGCUAAUUAGUGCGCCAAUUACGCAAAUAAGGAAAUAAUUUUUUAUAGAUAUAUUUUUCGUACUUCACUAUUUGUAAAAAGAAAAAAACAACAAAUCGCACUUGAAGUUCCUUAAUUAAAUACUUAUGCAACGCACAAAUAUGUUCCGUUCAUUUUGCUUUUGUCGUUGUGAGACGACUGUCUUGUAUUUAUUUGUAGACAAUAUUGUUAUUUUAUUUAUUAUAUGUUUUUAUUUAUUCCUCCUUCGCUAUAUAUUAAUAUAUAUAUUUUUUUUUAUUGUAGUUAAGAGGUUUCUGCCGAAUUUUUCGCGUGCGACGUGUAUGUGCCAAAUUAUAUUGUUCCGACUUUAUUCUCCUCCUUCUCCCGAUAUAAAAAAUAAAUAAAUAAAUAAAUAAAUCACAAACUAUAAUCAAAAAAAGUCUUUCUCGCUGAAAGAAAAGAGAAAAAUCAAAAGUUCAAAAGCGUGCAACUCAGAGUGAUCUCAAAAAAAACAAAAAAAAACGCGAACGAAAAGGAUUUAUUCGUGCCAAAGUAAACUCACGAGUCUUUGAGCGACUCGGUUUAAGCUAAUUCGUAUUUUAAGUAUUCGUGCGCUUAUAUAGUGUGGUCGUGUUACGAUUUUAAAAUAUAAUAAUAAUAAUGAUGAUGAUGAUGAUGAUGAUGAUGAUGAUAAUAAUAAUAAAAACAUGAUAUAGUGAUAUAAUACGUAAGUGUCAUUAAAUAAAAAUUGCCGCGUGUAAGAGAUGUCGCGGUGUAGUUUGAUUGAUAUAGCGAUUGUACUGAAUUCAGGCUGUACGUUAAUUAGACUGUAAGCCAGAGGAAAAUAUUGACUUUGUUGGAAAAGUGUGUCAAAAAUAUAUACAUACGUGUAUGGUAUUCUGUAUAUUGGAAAAGAAUUAUACGUCCACAUUUUUUACAAUAGCGGUAAUAGCAGAGCGUUUUAAAAGAAAAUUAUUAACCGAAUAUAACGGCUGACUGAGUGCAACGAUAAUAAUGUUAUUACGCCACUCUCUUUCUUGUUGCAGUCAGUAAAUUUCGCCGAUAAAAUCGAACUACCGUUGAAUGUUGUAGCAAUAGCCUUAGACAUAGUGCGAAUUUGAGACUAUACUCUUGUGCUGUUUAAUACAAAAAUAAUAAUUAAACAAGAAAGAAAAAUGCUUAAGCGCAGGAAAACCAAAAGAACUGGGAGAUUGAUUCUAAACUGUGAAUUAAUUUAUUUCACGAGUAUUGAGAUUGUUGGUAAUUAACGCAUCUAGCUCUGAUCUAGCUCUGAUUUCUGUCGCAAUAAUUUUUCCAACGUGAGCUACGCAAAAAUUCUCGUGUUUUCGGCUAAUUUUUAUAUGCCUUUGAAAACAAAGGAUAUAAAAAUCAAAUUGUUUACAAUAACAGAAAUAAGGAAUAGAAAGAAGUCGAACUUAUUCGAACUGAAACGCAAUUGAAAAGCAAUGCGUAACCAAGUAUGUAUUUCUGAAUCAUUUUUAUGGCGCUGUUACAUAUGUAGACA